AAAGAUACUGAAUACAACCCAAUGAAGUCGAAAUAUCACCCUAUUAAAGAUGCUUGUUGGAGACAUGGAGAAAAAGUGCCAUAUCUUGCCCUGUCUAAGACUUUUGAAAUGAUAGAAAGUACAUCAGCAAGGUUAAAGAUGAUUGAAAUAUUAUCUAAUUUUCUGCGUUCAGUUAUUAUAUUAAGUCCCAAUGAUUUAUUAUGCUGUGUAUAUUUGUGUUUAAAUAAACUAGCACCAGCGUAUGAAGGUUUAGAAUUAGGAAUAGGGGAUACUAUAUUAUUACGAGCUAUUGCUCAAACCACAGGUCGAAGUAUGGAUCAACUUAAAACAUCAUUACAUGAAAAAGGUGAUUUAGGUUUAGUGGCAGAGAGCAGUAGAAGUACUCAGAAGACAAUGUUUCAACCAGCUAAAUUAACUGUUAGUGGUGUAUUUAGUAAAUUAAAAGAUAUCGCUAACUUGACAGGAAAUGCUUCUCAAUCAAAAAAAGGAGACAAGAUUAAACAGUUAUUUGUGGCGUGUAGACAGUCUGAAGCCAGGUUUAUUAUUCGUUCACUAUCUGGUAAAUUAAGAAUUGGUUUAGCUGAACUAUCAGUAUUAGCUGCUUUAGGUAAUGCUGUCUAUCUUUCACCACCAUGUCAAGAAUAUCCACCAGAGAUAAUUGAUUCUAGUAAAGGUUUAUCAGCUGAGGUAGCUAAAAAGAAAAUGGAACAAUGUGGAUUGAUAAUUAAAACAGCUUAUUGUGAACUUCCAAGUUAUGAUGCCAUUAUACCAGUAUUAUUAAAAGAGGGUGUAGAAGAAUUACCUAAUAAAUGUAAACUGACACCAGGUAUACCAUUAAAACCUAUGUUAGCUCAUCCUACUAAAGGUAUAGUAGAAGUUUUAAGGAGAUUUGAAAAUAUGGAGUUUACUUGUGAAUAUAAGUAUGAUGGUGAAAGAGCACAGAUACAUAUAAAAGAUGAUGGUAAAAUUUGUAUAUAUAGUAGAAAUUCUGAAGAUAAUACCAGUAAAUAUCCUGAUAUUAUUAGCCGUAUGCCUAAUAUAUUGAAUGAUGAUGUUAAAUCUUGUGUCAUUGAUUCAGAAGCUGUCGCUUGGGAUGCCGUUAAUAAACAAAUUCAACCAUUCCAAGUUCUUAGUCAUAGGAAGAGAAAGGAUGCUGAUAUAAAAGAUAUUAAAGUACAAGUAUGUGUAUAUGCAUUUGAUUUAUUAUAUUUAAAUGGUGAAUCUCUAGUACAACAACCAUUUAGACGGCGUCGAGAAUUAUUACGCUCUUCAUUUAAAGAAACAGAAGGAGAAUUUGUGUUUGCUACCUCUAUUAUUGCCUCCAAUACUGAAGCUAUUGAAGAGUUCUUAGAUGAAUCUAUCAAAGGUAAUUGUGAAGGUUUAAUGGUAAAAACAUUAGAUGUUGAUGCUACCUAUGAAAUAGCUAAAAGAUCUCAUAAUUGGUUAAAGGUAAAGAAGGAUUAUUUAGAAGGUGUAGGAGAUACAUUAGAUGUGGUUGUUAUUGGAGGAUAUAAAGGAACUGGUAAAAGAACAGGUCGUUAUGGAGGUUAUCUAUUGGCUAUUUAUGACCCUGAUAAUGAAGAAUUUCAGAGUAUUUGUAAGAUUGGAACAGGAUUAAAAGAUGAAGAUUUAGAAGCUCAUACAAAGUUUUUUAAAGAACAUACAAUGGAGAAACCUAAGCCUUAUUAUAGAUAUGAUAAUUCUCAUCAACCAGAUGAAUGGUUUGAUGCUGUACAAGUCUGGGAAAUUAAGGCUGCAGAUCUAUCAAUAUCUCCAGCACAUAGAGCUGCAGCUGGUCUCGUUGAUCCUGAGAAAGGCAUCUCUUUGAGGUUUCCUAGAUUUUUAAGAAUAAGAGAUGACAAAAAACCAGAAGAAGCUACCAGUGCCUCGCAAGUAUAGCCUAAUGUUUUGUUAAGUCUCUAAUGUUAUUGUAUAGAUUUGUUUAUUAUAUGAAAUUGUAAUGAUCAGGAAAAUUUUGACAAAUAGUUUGACAUAGACAGUGACAACAACACCAGUCUCCUACUUUUUGAAGUAUUGUGUAUAAGUUCAGGUAAACUGUUGGCAUGUGAUGUGGUAGUUGCCAUUUGAUUGGUGAUAUUAUUAAAAAUGUAAAAAUCAUUAUAGAAAGUAUGCUGCUUGUAUGAAAUGAUCACUUGGAUUUUGGAGAUGUACAUGUAGUUAAUUUCACUAGAAAAUUUAAGCAUUUCCUUGGACAAGAACUACUUCUAUUUUUUUUUGAAAAAUAAUGUAAACCAAACUUUCAAUAGUAGACAUAGAUUUAAUAAGAAAAUGUCUGUAAUAAUGAAUUGUGUAAAUAGUAUAUAAACACACAACUUUAUUGUUAAAAAAAUCCUUGUUGAAUCAUGUUUCAAAUUAUGACCCGAUGUUGAUUUCAGAUUUCAUAAGUGCUGUCAUUAGUUUAUUAGAUAAAGAUAUUGUUAAUAAAACUUUGUUCAAGCGACUUGUCCCUAGCUAAACAUUAUUAAAGAUAUGAUGGAAAAAACAGUCAAUUAAAACUCUGAUAAAACUAUUAGUUGGGUCCAAUUAGGUUUAUUGUGGAAUGAUGACACAUUGUAAAAUUUGUUACCUCCCCUUACUAGCUGAUAUGAGUUUGUCCGAUAUUUUCAUCCAAAUUUGGAUGUCAUUAUUCCAAGCCACAAAAGAAAAAAUCGGCCUUUAAGUUUAACUUAUUAUUAGGAAUGAACGUGAAAUAGUAAAAAAAGAUCUGUUUCAGAAAAAAGCUGUUGGCAUUACAAUAGAUCUGUUUCAGAAAAAAGCUGUAGGCAUUACAAAGUGAAAUCAAUAAAUACUAUACAAAAUCU